GGUACAGCUAAACCAGGCACGGGACAUUCACGUGCGCACACGGGCAGCUGGCACUUCUGGCGAUUGGCUGCUGUCAGGACCAUGGGCAUCCUGUUCUCAUCGAUUUUCGGGUCGCUCUUCGGUAGCAAAGAGGUUCGGAUCCUGAUCCUUGGCCUGGAUAAUGCCGGCAAGACCACCAUCCUCUAUCGACUGCAGGUCGACGAGGUGGUGCAAACUAUCCCCACCAUCGGCUUCAAUGUGGAGACGGUCCAGUACAAGAACAUCAAGUUUCAAGUCUGGGACCUUGGUGGCCAGACCAGCAUCCGGCCCUACUGGAGGUGCUACUACCCCAACACAAACGCCAUCAUCUAUGUGGUGGACUCUGCGGACCCCGACCGCAUCGGAGACUCCAAGGAGGAGCUGAGGCUGAUGCUGGAGGAGGAGGAGCUGAAAGGCGUGACCUUGCUGGUGCUGGCAAACAAGCAGGACCUGCCCGGCGCAAUGAGCGCUGCAGAGGUGUCAGAAUCUUUGGGUCUGACCUCUAUCCGGAGUCGCCAGUGGGCAAUCUUCCAGACGUCGGCCCUCAAGGGCUCUGGCAUCAAUGAAGGUUUGGAUUGGCUGGUCAGUGUUCUCUCCAGCACCUGAGUCACCUGAGACCGGCAUGCCCAAAGCGUAACGUGUCUCGCCAGCUUAGAAAUGAGACAUGAGUCAGCGUUAAGAUUGGGGAGAAAGUUGGAUACUACUUGCUCUUCUUUCCACGCACGUUUCGGCUGUUCGAUCUUUUGUAGGUGUCAACUUCGUAGAAUAACAUGCAGAGGGCGUCUCACGACAGAUUUGUCGAAGGCUUUGUGAAUUGGGGCGCUGCAACCGAGCGUCCUUUG